GCUGCGUCACCCCCGCCGUCUUCGCCGCUCUGGCUCGCGCUUUAGCAGAAGAAGAAGCCGCAGAAGAAGCUCACGAAUUACGCGAGCCGCCGGCGAUGAGCCGGAAGCCGGAGCGCACGCAAAGCUACUGGCUGAACGGCAUUGAGACCCUGUCGGCUCCCUUGGACGAUCACGGACGAACGGAGCUCUCCGAGGAGCUUCAGAAGACGUGGUUCGACUUCAUCGAGAAGGGCCUUGCUGGUGGGAAGGUGCUCGUCCACUGCCGCUUGGGUGUGAACCGCAGCGUUACAGUGGUGGCGGCCUUUCUUGUGCGAUGCCGUGGCUUCACCCCGGAGGAGGCCCUGGGGCUGCUGGUGGAACGGCGGCCCUGCGCAGAUCCCGUCUCUGCGUACCGGGAGCAGCUCCGGAGCCUGGGAACGAGGUAG